GUUCUUGAUCUCAUUUUAAUGAUGCGUGUGCGUCCUGGGUUUUCCUAUCCAGCGAGCAUGAGAGGAGCGUUCCCACAGGAGGCGUUGCUGCGAGACGCUUCCUUUAUGUUUGCCGUGCUGUGCACCUUGUCGUCUCCCUCUUCCCUUUUCCUCGCUGGUUCUCAAAAUUCUUUUGUCAGCCACCUGUACGACAGGUAUGUGCUUGCCAACUCCCAUAAAUACAGCACAGGUGUAGAAACCAAAAAAAUAAGUUCUUAGCAACCCCUAUUACUUACACGCAUAAACACACAACACACAUUUAGAUAAGCUUAUACUGCUCCACCCCACAUCAACCUUCCUUGACUGGCUGGGCUUGUUAGUGGUCACGCCCAUACCUGUUCACUAGCACAGGGUGUAAGACACCUGUCAGACAGAGAAAUACUUUUCCUCAGCUCACACUCAGGGACGCACUGAUCACAAACUCGACUAAACUGGGUGGACGUUUCUCUGCUGGAUAUAAAGUAAAAGAAGGUGGCCUGUCAAGAUAACAGAACAAAGACGAGAGAGAAACAUCUAGAACAAGCAUGUCAAAAGAGGGGGGAAAAGCAUCCGUGUUCCGUACCACCAAAGUGCGGACCAGGCUGAGGGAUGACAGCAGCUGGCUGCAGCAGCGCCAAGAAGCUCAGGCUGAAACCGAAGAAGAGAAACCAUGGUUAGCAGAAGUAAGGGCCAGACGUUUGAAUGGAGACACUGUUGAGACCAGUCCAGUGUCGUCGCCAACAACAUCCACUCCGCCACCCACCAAGUCUGACGGCGAAAGAUCACCAGCAGCAGGGUACCUGAUCAGAGGCGUUUUCACUAAACUAGACAAGCCUGCUUCACCCGUGACAACUAAUGGCGUUAGUGUUACGACGACACAAUUCACCAAAAAACCUUCAGAGAGCUACAAGAAAAUAGCCCCGCACACUGUGAGGCCCACUCAAGAGAACCUGGAGGACCAGCUUAGCAACGAGGAGCUGCAGAAACGGACGGAGGCAGCCAGCAAUGUGCUGAAGAAAUCUGCAGUCAAGCAACGGUCUUUUGUGCUCUCUGCUGCUAAGAAAUUUGAGUCUCAAGAUACGGCGUCUGACACCUCAUUGGUCAACAGCAGUCCAUCAUUUGUGGCUAAAAGGGUGGAGAUUUCUGAUGACGAUGAGAGCGCUGCUACUCCAGCACCUGCCAGCACCACACCCCCCUCCCCUGUCGUCACCGUCACAUCUGCUGCCUCCCCGCCUGAGCCCAAAGCACAGAAAAUAGUCGACACCAGUGUUAAGACAGCUGUUGAUGCAGCUAUUAAUAAGCCGGUGGCACCAAAGGUGGAGAAGGCCGCCCCAGAGCCUGUGAAGAAAGACCCCCCUCCAGUGUCUGUCGCAGUGAAAGACCCGUUUCUGAAAGACGUUUCUGGGCUGGUUGACACACCUCUGGUUAAACUCACCCCAGCAUCACCAACCCCAAUAUCACCUACUCCAGCAUCCCCUGCCCCGGCUUCAACUGUCCCACUUUCACCUGCCCCAGUGGCUGCUGUAACAGGGAUCACAGUGAAGGCUGAACCAGAAAUAGCACCAACACUGUCUCCAAAGCCACGAGUCGACACCAGUGUUAAGACAGCUGUUGAUGCAGCUAUUAAUAAGCCGGUGGCACCAAAGGUGGAGAAGGCCGCCCCAGAGCCUGUGAAGAAAGACCCCCCUCCAGUGUCUGUCGCAGUGAAAGACCCGUUUCUGAAAGACGUUUCUGGGCUGGUUGACACACCGCUGGUUAAACUCACCCCAGCAUCACCAACCCCAAUAUCACCUACUCCAGCAUCCCCUGCCCCGGCUUCAACUGUCCCACUUUCACCUGCCCCAGUGGCUGCUGUAACAGGGAUCACAGUGAAGGCUGAACCAGAAAUAGCACCAACACUGUCUCCAAAGCCACGAGUCGACACCAGUGUUAAGACAGCUGUUGAUGCAGCUAUUAAUAAGCCGGUGGCACCAAAGGUGGAGAAGGCCGCCCCAGAGCCUGUGAAGAAAGACCCCCCUCCAGUGUCUGUCGCAGUGAAAGACCCGUUUCUGAAAGACGUUUCUGGGCUCGUUGACACACCUCUGGUUAAACUCACCCCAGCAUCACCAACCCCAAUAUCACCUACUCCAGCAUCCCCUGCCCCGGCCUCAACCGUCCCACUUUCACCUGCCCCAGUGGCUGCUGUAACAGGGAUCACAGUGAAGGCUGAACCAGAAAUAGCACCAACACUGUCUCCAAAGCCACGCUCCAAUGUUGACACGCUCACCACCUUGUCCGAUACUCUCAUUUCUUUUGGCACAAGUUCAACCAGCUUUAAGGAUGAUGAGCCAGUGCUGGCAAAGAAAAAAGAAGGCUCAGUGGACAGUUGCACCACAAAGGACAGUGUUAAAAAGGAGCCAGCUCCAGAGCUCAGCAACUGUAAAGCAAUGGCAGAUGAUCUCCUGGCUCUUGCUGAUGGUCCAGAGAAGUCAGCCAAGCCUGUUCCCCCCAGCCCAGGACGCUGGAGUCAGGAUCUGCUUGGCGGACUAGACAGUAAGUCAACCCCAGCAAAGACCAGCAGCAGCCUGGAUCUCCUGGCUAAUGACGUCAUUCCAAUCAAAACAGAGGCACGCAGCUCCACAGAGACAGUCACUAUAACCACCAAAACUGUGAUCAUUACUGACAAAAGCUCGGCUGAUCCGUUUGAUCCAUAUCCGAUAGGGACCACAUCCUCUAACAGCUCCUCUGACCUGCUCAAGCCUCUCGCUGAUAUUUCCAUCAACAGUGUGUCACCUACUUACGUGAAGAACAAAGAUCCAAGUCCAAAAACCAAUAUUAGCAGUAAUGCGUUGGAAUCCCUUGCAGACAACGUUAUCCCUAUCAGCACUGACUCCACAAGGCCUAGCUCUCAGCGGUCAUGGGCACGCACAUGGGAAACCAGCACACCUCAGCAGGCGAACACAGAAGAGAGCGAAGAAGAUGUACCAGGAAGCCAAACUGUAGAUCAACAGACGAUAAUCACAUUUGAGAGAAAGUCCAAGGAGAAGGACUCCCCUUGGGACAGGUGGACAUCACCCACUGUCUAUACUGUCACUAACAUUAGAGGAGAGGAAGAAGAGGAGGAGGAGGAGGAGGAGGAGGAAAGCCCCGUGGAUACACAGACAGAGACAGUGACAACCAUCACCACAAUCAGGGAGAUACACAGUGAUCCACAGCCCGCUAUGGAUCGUUAUGAAACCUAUUCCAGGACCGUGAUAGAAGAAGAAGACCAGCGUGUCCAAACACCAGAACCCGAGGCCAAAAAGGGGUUUGUGUACGUGAAGGAGUAUGUCAAUGCAACAGAGCUGUCCUUGCAUAAUGCCAGAGACGCCAUCGAUGGUGUGUCAGAUUAUCUGACAUCAAGCUUUGCCAGUUCCUCCUACAGCAGCCCUUCCUUUUACUCCAGUGGCACGCUGUCAUCCGCCUGUACCUUCUGCGGAGAGCCAGUGGACGGUGAUGCCAAGAUCACCAUCGAGCACCUCAAUAUCAACUGCCACCCCACCUGCUUCAAGUGCGGUGUGUGUAGUAAGCCAAUGGGAGACCUGCUCGACAGUAUGUUCCUACAUGGUGGGAAAGUCCACUGCGAGCCCUGCUACAGUAAAGCCUUGGACUGAUUAUCGAAGCUCUUCAGCAGCCUCUUAUCCUCAGCUCCUUCCCUUCAUGUUCAUUUGCAUAUAAAUUGAGAACCGACAAAGUUUGGACUGUGUUUGGUUUGAACUCAAGAAUGACGUGGUUUAGGGUGAGAGAGACCGUUAGAGUGAGAAAUGUGGCUACUUAAUGUUGAUUCUUACAUUAGGUUAAAUUUCUUAUACAAGCUUGUGUUGUUUUUUUCCUGGUGGUGAAAGCUGUAUCUGCCUCAGUAAACUAUGAAGGAUAUGUUUGAACAACAUGAUGUGUUACAUACAGACUAAUACUGGCAAGUGGGGUGUUAUAUUUUAGCAGCGGUUAUGCAAGAAAAUGACUUUAUUACAAAAAUGUUUACUUCUUUUGCGCUUCAUGAUACAAAAUAGUGUGUUCACAUGUAUGCUUUGUUAAAAAAAAUAAAAUUACUUCUAGAA